GCUCCCAUCCUCACUCGGCGCUAACCGGAACCGCCAACUCACGCGUCGCUUUCCGCGUCCACAACGUACCCGAUACAUUUCCACUGUCUGCACCGUUGCUCACUUUAUGCCUGCGUCGCGUCGAGCAUCGCAUCGAGCGUCUCAACCCGCAACGCGCUCUGCGCCACUCACCGCGCGAUCCUCCGUAUCUCGCGCCAUGGCGCGUCAAGCAUCGCAGGCUGAGCAGGAGAAACGACUAUCUGACCAACUCGUCAGAUACGGGUGCCUCUGGGAAGAGCACGCCCAUUAUAUCCGUCUCAGAGAGAAGACGCCGGAGGGGUUCGCUUCGUCUUACACACGGGCUCUGGAUCGUUGGGUCAAGGACCCAGAGUUCUCGCGGUGGCGACGUAUGAAGAACUACGCUGAAGAAAGGGACGGCUGCAUCGAUUGGAUAGAGGGGGUGAUCAGAUCACACUGCAAACCGGACUCAGAGAUGACGACUGAAGAUCAUUGGAUCGUCACGUUCGCCGCUUUCGGCGUAUCAGACCUGUUGAACUGCAAUGAGCCGUGCAUGAGGGACCUGGAUGUGAUUGGCAGGCUGCAACCCACUAUCACCCGGAAGCUCGUUAAUUGUGCUCAGGCCUACCAAGACUCCGAGUCCGAUUUCCUCAACCAUCCAGCUCGUCCCAGGUCAAGGGACACCGCUUCAAAGCCAAAGCUGUUCCCGAACAUCGGUGACAGUUCCUUGCUCGGAACCACAUUCGAGUACAAGACCCCCACAAUGCCCCGCGCCCGCACUUGCAUGGUCACCAGCGUAGUGACCUCGAUUGACGACGGUGUCGAGUAUAUUAUCAAGCAUCUAACUGCGAAGGACCCGGAUGGUGAACGGGCGAGGAAGGUGACACUGUCUGAGGACAAGUUCCGGGAGAUCUACGCUGCUCGGGUGGAGUGAUGGACAAUUAGAUUUUGGUCUGGGCUUACUGUCUGUAAUGUUUCUCCGUUUUGCUGUCGCGCUAUCCUGCUAUGUUCCUUGUACUCAACGUCCACCACUAACACGUUGUAUUAUCUCCUCCAUAAUUCCGAUAAUCAUCGUCUGCGCUGUAGAUCGCGUCGCCCCCAUAUCUCAGGGAAUAAUGGCAUUGCCUCGCCAAGAUCAUGUAUACAUGAAAAUUAGCUGCGUGUUACAGCCACGUAAUCCACUCGCGAUCCUCAGCAUUUGCCGUACAGUACUAGCCACGCGCGAUCUGGCCGUGUGUCUGGCCAGGAAGUCUUCGUUGGCCCCAUCAAGACUCCACAGUAGUCAGGUCUUUGGUCCCAGGGAUAUCUAC